GAAAGGAUUAGCUAUCGAAUGAUCUUCCCAUUGUAUACAUUUAACCUUAGUAUAUGAUCUUAGAUGAACCUUAAUUUGAGCCGAUUUUGUCUUGUGAUUGUCUCAAUACAUCCGAGGGUGUAAAUUUGCCAUUCAAAAUUACGUAUUCAAGAUGACCAGACUAUUGGUACCUGUUGCUAUUGUAACGCUUGUUGCCAUAGUGAAUGGACAAACCGUUGCUCCUUUGUGUACACCCGCCCCAACAACACCAUCCAAGCCUGCCCCUGGAUUUCCCUUGAACUACCAAGCCAAGAUAGAGGCCAGUUUCAAACAGCGAAAUUGGACGUUUGAUUUCGAUGAAUACUACGACUACACUGGGAACAGACAGGCCGUCCAUCAAAGGUCAAAGUUUUUUGACAAUAAGUUUAUCCAGAAUUAUGACAACAGUGAAAUUUUUGCAAUAAACUAUAUGGAGGGCACAUGCAACUCAUAUAACAUAGAUAAAAUACCCGAAGGAUUUCAAAAAUUCCUCGGCACGAAAACUCCCGAUGGCAAAUUCCACAUCUUUAGUAGUUCUGAUGUUCUAAAGUUGGUCGCUGAAUCCCAGAGCUACAAAGGGAUCGCCAAUAUCAGGGGCAUUAACUGCGAUUGGUGGCAGGUGUGUAAAGUGUUCGGAGACAGUGGCGCUAUUAUGGAAGUUGAUUUCUAUUAUGCGGCAAAAGAUAAAUGGUACCUCCCAGUUGCAAAUCCCACUGAACAGUACCCGGUACAGAUCCACGUUAAGGGGACCUUUGUUAACCCAAUCUUCGGCACGACUUUCAACUUUGAGAAUUCUUACAAUUUCCUUCAGUUUAGACCAUUGGAAGUUGGAGACUCCAUGUUCAUGACAGACAGGGGGUUGGUGUGUAAGAAUAGGAAGUCGGUGAAGCCUGUGCCUUCCCUCCCUGAUGCGUUUACCUUCAGAGUAGAGGUAGUCGAUAACAACAAGAAAACUGUCUCGCAUGUCCACGAAUGGUACGAUAAUAGCCAAGGCUUGUUCCGUAUUGAUUACGCCAACCGACAAGGAGACGGCAACCCAAUACGUCGUAUUCAUGAUUUUAACACAGGUGUUGCUUACGUUAUUAAUAAAUUUAGCGGAAAUUGCACCGCUGAGCCAAUCCGACCAGUCGGAUUGGAUGUAGAAACUGUAGACGACGCAUUGAACGUUAGAAUACGUACAGCUAAAGAGUUCUUUGACUUUGAGGGUGUCAACUACACGUACGAAGGCAUGCGUAUAGUAAGGGAUGUUCCAACUGACGUUUGGAUUGCAAAACGUAAGAAUUGGCCUAAAAUCUUCAAUACUAAUUCCACAUGGGAAUGGUUCUUUACAAACAAAGAUGUCGUUGUAAACACAGGAACGGAAUUCGAAGGUGUAGUACCAUGGAGACUAGAGGUGUUCUCAAAGGAGUUUGAGUUGGACAUCAUCACCAACUUUUUCGACUUCAAGGAAGGAAGACAAGAAGUAUUCGAAUUUGACAUCAGUCCUUGUUAUGUCAAUCUGAAGCGGCAAGAUUUCCAAUUCGCCUUGAAAGGUAAUCCAAAAGACCUGAUAGGCCCGGUGGGAUUGAGGAUUUUCCGUUAUCUCACUCUUAUAUCUAUUCAGGGGGCCGCAGUCAUCUCUCCCAUCAGAAUUGCUAACUUGAGGUUUGAUGUUGACGGCAGUGAAAAGAUCAUAGUGAUGUUUACUAUGUUGGACAAGGCCCCAAUCAAGGGUAGUGUUGAGAUGAAGACCCCUGAGCUACCUAUUGAAGAAGCUGCAAAGGGACUCACUGAUUAUAUCAACAAUGGCCAGUUAUCCAUUCUGGUACCAGACUCCACAAAUUCAGACAGUGGGGUGAAGACAGUUGUAGCAGAGCCAUACAGUUUUAAACAAAUCGUACGGGACCCUGGCUGUAAAAAUAAUGAACAAAUCUUGCCGCAGACUGCAGCAGGUCCUAGCGUGGGAGUGGUAGCCGGAGUCUCCGCAGCACUGGUUAUUCUUGGUUCCGUUCUUGGAAUCGUCGCCCUCUGGAUGGUCUGCUUCAUAAAACAGAAGCCAAAUAGCAUCAAAGAAGUCAAGAUUGUUGGAUCUCCAACAAGUACUGCAUAAUGGAGAUAAUUUGAUAUUGAUAUUAAUGAUUUCAUACAGACUGCAAAUACUACACACUUAUACGAUGACGUUCACAACCGGCCCUCUAUAGUUUUGGGCAACCGGCGUCUACAAGCAUGCUUGCGAACCUGUUGGAGGGGAGCGUAUAUACACAGUCCACAUUCAGUGAUUAUUAAAGAGCUGAUGCAUAGCAAUCUAGCAAAAAUGCAAACAUAAUAUGAUGUAUGACUUUUUGGUAUAGGCUUACACUUUUUCAGUUACUCUGAAGAAUGACAGUUGUUCAAUUCGUUUUUGGAUUUAUUUUUAUAUGUGGAAGGUGGAUUAGGCUAUUAUUAAUACAAUCUACCGACGCUAUAUGACUGUUUUGUGUUACUUUAUUGUGUCUUGAUAACAUGAUAAUAUAAAAUAAAUAUGUCGAAGGAAUAAACAUUUUUU